CAGCCUUCCAAUCACCAGCACAGAACCUCUUCCAGUGAGCUCCCUGUACCCCAAAGCUGCCUGCUGAUCGUAUGUUUCCAUUACCCAGCUCCAGUGCAAAACUAAAGAAGAAUUUUGACACCAAACACAUCUUGGCUGAUUGGCUGCACUGAGCUUAAGUGGAAAAUGUGAGUCAAUUUCCUGAUUUGUUUCUUAGUGCACCGAAGCAUCUUUUCCUCCCUGGAUCAGUGUUUGAGGAAAGUCACUCAGUUGUCCAGCCCUCAGUGGAAGUGUUUGGGAAGGAAGGAGCGUGAAGAGCGCGCGCUCAGCCACUCCUCCUCAUCCCUAAAGCACACUCAUCUGCCAGAAAAAAAACCCUCUCAAAAGUUCUCUAAACUAAACGCAGAAGCAGCUGCAGAGCAACAGACAGACUAUAUGGAAUUCCCAGGCUGAAAGGAACAUAUUUAUUUUUAUUUAUAGCUUUUUGGUUGUCUUUAUGGCUAUUGCAUUGGAGUGACAGUGGAUACAGAGAAAUUGUGGGGUAUUCUGUGAAAAGUUUCCAUGAAUGAAAACGUUCUGGAUUUGUUGUUUCUUCACCAUUGCUUCAGUGUUGCAGUCCACGUUGACACUCGAAAAGAAACUUUUCAGGAGAAGAAUGAAUGAAAGUCAUGUUGAAAUUUAGUAGAAAAACGACUUUAAUAACACAGAGCAUAUAAGUGGUUUUGUAAAAGUUUGGCUGCAGCUGUGAAGCUGAAGAUGGGCCGCUGUGUUGUGCGCGUGCUGACUCUCUUUACGCUGGCGGCGCUGGCGAGAAGCGCGCGAGGCUGUCCGCGUCCGUGCGCGUGCCCGCAGCCCGGAGAGGUUCACUGCACGUUUCGCUCUCUGCUCACGGUGCCUGCUGGCGUGUCCCGACAAGUGGAGCGCAUGAACCUAGGGUUCAACACAAUAAACCGAAUAACAGACAGAUCUUUUGCUGGUAUGCGAAAGCUAGAACUCCUUAUGAUGCAUGGGAAUAAUAUUCAUAACAUUCCUGAUGGAGCAUUUCAUGAUCUAAUAUCUCUUCAGAUGAUGAAGAUGAGCUACAACAAGCUGAAGAUCAUUAGUAGACGCACAUUUCAAGGUCUCUGGAAUUUAGCAAGGCUGCACCUGGACCAUAACCAUCUGGAGUUCAUACACCCGGAUGCAUUCCAAGGCCUCACCUCUCUCCGCCUGCUUCAGUUGGAAGGCAACCGUCUGCAGCAGCUCCAUCCAGCCACCUUUGCAACUUUCUCUGUACUCAGCUACUUCCCCAUGUCCACUCUGAAGCACCUGUACCUGUCCGAGAAUGGGCUUACAACACUAUCACAAAAGAUGUUAGCUACUAUGCCUCAACUGGAGAACUUGUUCUUGCAUGAGAACCCCUGGACCUGUGACUGUAGGAUAAAAUGGUUCAAAGAGUGGAGCUCAAGUGCACCAGCAGAUGUACUCAAAUGCAAGAAAGAUAGAGCUUUCCCUGGAGGACAGUUGUGCCCUGUGUGUUUCUCUCCUAGACAACUAAAGAAAAAAGAUCUUCGGGAGCUAGACAACCCAAAAUGCACUAGUCCUGUCAUUAGUGCCCCUCACAGGACCUCUACCCUGGACACAGAGAGUGAACUCAUGACAUUAGAUGACUUCAGUCAACCUCUUGGGAAUGUUUCACUUGGCUUGACAGACGAACAUGGAAACCAAGUAGAUCUGAAUUGUCAUGUCAAUGAACCGACCAAGUCGACCAGAAUGAACUGGAACCAUGUUAACUCAUUUCAGAUUAACACAAAUGUCACUGUGACAUUAGAUCUAGAAUGCCCAAUUGACAGGGGCACUUAUGAAAAGCUAUGGAGACUUGUUGCGUAUUAUAGUGAUGUACCUGCUCACCUGAAAAGGGAGAUUAUGUUGAGCAAAGACCCUCAUAUUAGCUACAGGUAUCGGCAGGAUGCAGAAAUGGAUGCUGUUUACUUCACUGGCAUGAAAGCCAAUAUGGUGGCAGAACCUGCAUGGAUAAUGCAGUCAGCAGUGAACUUACAGUUAAAUAGACCUCAGUCCACAAGUAAAAGGGUUAGACUAACUCUCAGCACCCAUCUAACACAGUUGGUAGAGGCAGAGGAAGAGAGGCAACAGAGGAGACAGUGGGUUUUGAUAGAGUCCAGAAACAGCACCAAAAUAUCUCAGGUUGUUGUGGUGGGCAACCCAAUUCAGAUGCACUGCAAUGUGCACAGCUCAGGGAACCCAUCAAUAAAGUGGAUGCUGCCCAAUGGGUCUAAAGUUGAGGCCCCAUAUCAAAGCAGCGAUAACAGGAUCACAGUGUCUCCAUCUGGUUUGUUGGCUAUAACAGCUGUGGAUCACUCGGACUCAGGUGUUUAUUACUGUAUAGCAAUAGUGGUAGGUGAUGUAAGUAUUCUUCCCUUUCGUCUGACAGUGGAGGACUCUUCUACUCCAGCUCCUGGAAGUGAGGGUAUGGCUGAACCUAUGGCAGGAGUCGCUGGCAGGCCUGUUUCUCUUCCCUGUGUAGCCCUGGGUUCUCCUGAUCCAGAUAUAAAUUGGAUCCUGCCAGACAACACUAUUAUAAACACAUGGUCAAAUUUAUCCAGGAUGUUUGUGGCCUCAAAUGGAACUUUAACCAUUCGCAAUAGCCAGCUCUCAGACAAUGGUUUUUAUAAAUGUGUGGCUGAAACUCAACAUGGUGUGGACUCAUUAGCCACAAAAGUAACUCUGACAAGGCCCUCCGGAGGACAUCCUAUAAGGAAAUAUUCCAGUAGACCUCAGCCUGCAGAAGGAGUCUCAACCAAAAUAAAAGCUCCAAUAAAUAAUGAUGUGGAAGCAUCUGGGGACAAUGAAAAUGAAGGGCCUGAAGCAAAAACUUUUGAACAAUUGGAUACCUCUUAUAAAAGGAGAAUUCCAAAUGCUCCUGUACGGGGUGGACACCCAACCAGAAAGGUGUGGAGACGUCCUCCCUUGCCAAGAAGACAAAUAAUCUCUAAGGGAGCUGAAAGGAGUAACCGGACAGAAAUAAGGAGAAGAAUCAAUGUGUCAAAUGGCCAGAUAGAUCCAGAGCAUUGGGCUAACAUUCUGGCAAAAGUCCGCAAUAGUGGUGACAAUGCAAAAACGACUACAACUACAACAAGUUCUGUUUUGACUAGCACAAAUAGAUUACAGCAGGUCGACACUGCUAUCACAAAGCAAUCAGAAUCUCUUAAGAGAAUGGAGGGAUCAAUACCAGAUAGUAGUACAACCAGAGCAACACCACAAGAAGCAUCACACACAGUCACAGCAUCAGAGACAUCGGUGCAAACCACUGCACUCAGCUUAGAUAUAAAACCACUGGAUGCUGAAGAUCAGAUACACAUAACCUACCAAAUCGCUGCACCCGAAGUCAACCAAGAUUCUGACUUGAUUGAUGCUGCAUAUACCACAAUUGGUCCACAGCCUACUGCUCAUUCAGUGAUAGAUGCAGAUAUUGCCAAGUGGGAUGAAGUGAGCACUGUUGAGAGCACAACUCUUUUUCAACAUAACCAAAGCCACACGUUGGGUAGCAAAGAAACUGAAGCAAUUCCCAGGGCUAGAGGUGAUGGGAAUGACAAUGCUGGUGAUAAUGAAGAUAGCAUUUUAAAAAGCCAUGGAAUUGAGGUUUAUCAAGGAAAGUCUGACCACAGUCCAAUAUCCACCACAUCUAUGGUUUUUGAAGAACAAAACCCGAAAAAUUAUUAUGCUACUCGUCUAUCUACUGACAUUGCAAAAACUGCAUUGCAAGAGAAACAUGACAGUUCACAAAUUCCAGUGCUUACCACUAUGGCACCAAGAUCUCAAUCCACUUUAGAAAAUGACAGAGGAACGCAUACUACCUCAAUUAAUCUUAAGCCUCCCUCACAUGCUAGGGUCUCAUCCAAUUCAAAACGUAAGAAUAAUGGCAGACGAAGAAAGCCUAAUAGAAAAAGUACAAAACCAAUACUGUCCCAAUCUGCAUACUUCAUGAAUAUCACACCAAAGCCCACUACUUUAGCCAUUGUUUCUGAGGUCACCAAGAUGACUGCCACAUCUGAGUCGAAAAUAGCAACAUCUACAGGGGUUAUGAGCAUUGGAGCCAAAGUGAAUAGCACUGUUCCACUUACUGACAUCCAGGCAACAUCACUUAGUGAAACAAGUAAUGAAAACAGAUCAGACCCUUUAUUGGACAUCAGAAAUACUAUAUCCCCUGAUACUUCUGUCAGUGAGAAAGUGUCAGAAGCAGAGCAUACACCAUUGCCAUAUGCUAUACCACAUAAUAUAUCCCUAGGCAAUACAGUGUUGUCAGUGUCUUCAUCAACAUCCUUAGGUUUUAUAGGACAAUCAAACAUACACAGAGAAACAGUUUCUACUCUACCUCCUCUAAUUCAGAACACUCCAUCUACUGACCAUGAGACAGUUAUAAGCCUCCAUCCCCUGAUGGGAAUACAUUUUGAAGAGGCAGAAAGUGAAAGCACUACAGGACAUCCCAGCUCAGGGAUAAAAUAUGACACAUCCUCUGAGAGUCCUCAAACACAAUCAGAAGCAAUACCAGGUGCAAGUCUAGACAAAGCAGAAAAUCAGUAUAAGUCUAGUGAAAAUAAAUUUGUGACUCCAUCCAAGGAGCUUGUGAAGGCGUUCUCACUUAAACCUUUCCCCUCAUCUGCUGUGAGAACCCAGCAUGAAAUCAUUGCAAGCCAUGACUCAGAAAUCCCUAGCGGUUCAACAAAAGCAAACAUCUAUGAGGGGGCUCCUGAGAAUUCUCAGGUUACAACAGAGAGGUUCAUAACAUCCCAAAAUGCUCAACAAUCUGGUAUGGCCACUACAACAAAACUAAACAGUGCUUCACCUAAUGGAAAACAAGAAACAGUCUCAGGUAGGAAGGCUGAAAUUGCAGAAGAAAAUACUGUACCUCUGAUGGAAGAUCAUAACCCUGUCACCACCCUGAAAACAACAACAGCAAUUACUGCUAAUACUCCAACAACAACACCACCACCAAAAACAUUAUCAGUAACAACACUGCCUCCAACAACUCCAAAGAGAUGUAGACCCUCUGUAAGCCACCCACAUACAUCUUUCCAGAAUAUACCUUCCAUUUGGGGCAGGUCAGGUAUACCUGACAGUCCAAAUCAUAUUCCUGACAGACACAGAGAAAGAAUUGUAAACCCAGAGCAGAGUAUCAGGUCACCUAAUAGAAACAGGCCAACUGAAUUUCAUUCAACAAGUCUAUCAGAACAUAUUAAAACAGAUAGCACUGACACUGAAUUAAGCACCAAAAAGCCAAAACCACAAACUACACUUAAAGUUCCCACAACUACCCCAGAAGUCCUAGUUCCUCCUCCAAGACAAACCCUUCCUGUGAAGCCAAAUGGUAGUUCUUCCUUUAUCCACCAUCCUACAUCCACCUACAGUGUCGAUCAUUCUCAGCAAAAGCCAGUUAUCCCAGCCAGAAGAGGACGGCCUAAGAUUAUCAACACCAAUAUUAGCACAGUGACAGUACAGGCUGAAUCUGAUGCCUAUCUACCCUGUGUGGCUGUAGGAGAGCCUAGACCCUUCCUCUCCUGGACUAAGAUCUCAACAGGAGCCAGCAUUACUCAGAACACAAAGAUUCAGCGAUUUGAAGUCCACCCUAAUGGCACCCUCACAAUCCGCAAUAUCCUUCCAUUAGACCAAGGCCAGUACCUCUGCAGUGUCCAGAACCAGUAUGGACAAGACAAAUUGGUGGUCACUUUGAUAGUCUUAGCUGAACACCCCAGGGUGUUUCAGCCACGCUAUCAAGACAUAACCAAAACCCUGGGAGAUACUAUUGAUUUGGAGUGUCGUUCCCAAGGAAACCCUCAUCCUCGCACUACAUGGGUGCUCCCUAAUAGGGCAAUAGUACAUAUGGAAGCUCCCUCACUUGGUACACAUGAACAUCGAAUUUCAAUUUUAGCCAAUGGCACACUCCGGAUUAAAUCUGCUACAUACACAGAUCGUGGGGUUUAUAAGUGCAUUGCUAGCAAUGCAGCUGGUGCAGACACUAUAUCUGUUCGUCUUACAGUUGCUGCUUUACCUCCAGUGAUCCAGCAACUGAAGAAUGAGAAUAUUACACUCCCAGAAGGCAGCACUGUCUACCUGAACUGCAGUGCCAAAGGUGCUCCUCCUCCUGCGAUAAGCUGGUCUAUGCCAAAUGGUGUGCAGCUUCAUUCUUCAGAAUUUGUUAGUGGCCUCAACCUCUUUGUUUUCAACAAUGGGACCCUGUACAUUCGUGGGUUGAGUCCGGCAAAUGCAGGGAAAUAUGAAUGCACGGCUACUAAUACAGUUGGGAUUUCAUCCAGAGCUGUUAGUUUGACAGUGAAAAAAUCUAUUGCAUCAGCCAGAGCCAGGAUUACUUCCUCAUCUCCACAGAAAACAGAUGUCAUCUAUGGGGGAAAGCUGCAACUGGACUGUGUUGCAGCGGGAGAUCCAGAGCCGAGGGUCAUCUGGAGGACUCCAUCCAAAAAGCUUGUGGAUGCUCAUUAUAGUUACGAUCCACGAAUCAAGGUGUUUGCCAAUGGGUCACUGUCUAUCCACUCUGUAACAGAGAAAGAUGAAGGUGACUAUCUUUGUGCUGCACAUAACAAAAUGGGAGAUGAUUAUGCACCCCUUAAGGUCAGUAUCUUGACAAAGCCAGCCAAGAUUGAGCAGAAGACACAGAUCAACCAGAAGGUGAUGUACGGGGGUGACCUGAAAGUCGACUGUGUUGCAUCAGGUCUACCAAACCCACAGAUCCAGUGGGCUCUGCCUGAUGGCACUAUGGUCAACAGCAUUAUGAAAUCUGACAGGAGCAGUGGUGGUCCAAGUAGUAGAUAUGUGGUUUUUGACAAUGGCACCUUAUUCUUUAAUGAUGUGGGGAUGCACGAGGAAGGUGAUUACACAUGUUAUGCUGAGAACCAGAUUGGCAAAGAUGAGAUGAAAGUACAUGUCAAGGUGGUGGCAGAUGUACCUGUGAUCAGAAACAAGACCUUUGAGGUAAUCAGGGUCAUGUAUGGAGAUUCAGCCUCACUGAAGUGUACUGCCAAAGGAGAGCCUAACCCUCAUAUACUGUGGUUCUCUCCAACAAAUAGAGUGAUUCCUUCUGCCUCAGACAAGUACUUGAUCCAUAAUGAUGGGACACUGGUCAUUCAGAAAGUGCAGCGCUUUGAUGGCGGGAACUACACAUGUCUAGCCAGGAACAGUGCAGGGCAAGAUCGUAAAGUGGCCAGGCUGGAAAUCCUGGUAUCACCUCCUGCUAUCAAUGGGCUAAGAGGCUCCACAAACUCUUUGAAAGUGUCUGCAAUGAAGAAUCAAAGAAAGCUGAUCCACUGUGAGGCUUCUGGUACUCCUGUUCCUCAUGUGCUAUGGGUUUUCCCAGAGAAUGUUAUUCUGCCAGCACCAUACUAUGGAACCCGGAUGACAGUCCAUCGAAAUGGCACACUUGAUAUUCAUUCAUUAAGGGUAACCGACACAGCUAAAUUAACCUGCAUUGCUCGUAACGAAGGUGGGGAAGCAAGGCUCAUGGUACAACUUGAUGUGAUGGACAUUAUAGAGAAACCAAGACUCAAGAGUCCUAAAACGGAAUCUUUCACUCUAACUGUUGGCAGGACAAUGAUGCUAAAUUGUUCUGUUGAAGGUUCCCCAGCACCACAAUUGACCUGGGUUCUUCCUAGUGGUUCUCCACUAAUGAGUGGCUCCCAAUUUAACAAGUUCUACCACAGGUCUGAUGGGACUUUGGUAAUUACUAACCCGGCUGUGUCAGAGGCGGGAACGUAUCGAUGCUUGGGGCGCAAUGCUGGUGGACUGGUUGAGAGGACUGUAGUGCUGACUCCAGGGCGGAAGCCAGAGAUUAAUAACAGAUACAACUCACCUGUUAGUGUGAUAAAUGGUGAAAGCCUACAGUUGCACUGUCUGUCUACUAGUGACCCUGUCCGUCUUACAUGGACUUUGCCAAGUGGGGUUGUUCUAAACCGACCUCAACGGGCAGGUCGCUAUGCUGUUCUACCAAAUGGUACUCUUUCCAUCCAGCAGGCUUCUGUGUACGACAGGGGCUCUUACACGUGCCGUGCCGCAAACGAAUAUGGAAGCUCCUUGCUAACAAUCCCAGUGGCUAUAAUUGCGUACUCACCACGAAUCUCCAGUGGCCCACCUCCUACCACCUAUGCCAGAAGAGGAGUUGCUGUUCAACUGAAUUGUGUAGCUACUGGUAUCCCCAAGGCAGAAGUGGCAUGGGAGACUCCAGACAGAACAAGGUUAAUUGUCAGUACUCAGCCACGCCUGUUUGGAAACAAGUAUAUACACCCUCAGGGCUUCCUUAUAAUCCAGAACCCCACGCCAAGAGACACAGGUUUCUACAGAUGUACAGCUAGAAAUGUGAUUGGGGUUGACUCAAAGGGUACAUACCUUCAUGUGUACUGAAAAGCAGUAAAUUCAAAACAUGCCCAAAGAUCUGCGAGGUUCAGCUAAUCCACAGCUUUAUUUCUAGCUAUUUUUCAAUGUGAACAUGACUUGUUAUCAUUCUAGGACAUGUUCUACUGUGUUUCUGGAAUCUUUAUCAUCACUUUGCCAGUCAGUUUUUCUAUUACAUCAGUUAUUGCAAACAUCUAGGAAGGUGUGCUACUUAUCCAAUUCAUACCUAAUACCUAGUAACUACUAAUCUGACAAUUCAGUGUAAUUUUUUUAAUGUAAAUACUACAACCUGCUUUUUUUAACUGUUGCAGCCAGGGACAAUUUAUGUCAAACUGUAUAUAUGAGGCCUAUAUUUUUUUUAUUUAAUCUUGAAAAAUAAUCUGAGGAUAUCACUGACAUCUUCAAUAUGGAAAUAUGAAUCAUUCAGGGAUAUUAAACCAGACAGCUACAUUAACUAAUGUUUUUAAUUCAAAAUGGGAGAAGGAAAACUGUUUAAAGUAAUUUUUAUUGCUUUUGAACACAUUAACCUUUCCUGUUCCGGUACACUCAAACCUAUAAAGGUAUAGUUUUUCUUGGCAAUUUUUUUUUACAUAUUUGCUGUAGGACAUUGUUGACAUUGGACUGACUGGGAGAAAUGUUCAAACCCAACCCUGGAAAGCACUAUGCGCUGAGUUAACUAAAACAGCUAACUUUUCAUGUAGACUUGGUUACAGUUAAUGGCUUAGAUGUGUAUACAAACAGAACAUGACAAAAAUGAGGACGUUGUUGAGAACUUUCCUCACUUAUAGCAUUAUAUGUAAGAAUGUUCUAUAGCGUUUCCUAUUCAGUUUAUAAACAGAACCCCUUUCAGAAGUGAACAUUGUCUAAACGUGUAUUCUACAUACCAGUUGUGUAGGAUUUUGUACGUAUACUGACUGCAUCUCUGUAGAACUGACCAAAAAAGGCACAUGUUUGUUUUCCAUGACGUUGCUUUAACUUAUUUGUCUUUUAAAGACUUGUAUUGAGAUUUAAUUUUAUUUUGGAUAUCUUUAAUAAAGACCUUUUUACACAA